GGAAGGACCUGUUGCUGGCUGCUCUGUGGAUCCGCCCACUUCCUUGCCCCUCCCAUGUGGGUGUGUCCUGUGCACUCUGUACUUGGAGGCUGGGCAGGCAGUAUCAGUUUGCACUGAGCUGGGGCAGAGGGAGCGUCUGUGUGGGGCAGAGGAAGAGCUCAGUGCUUCCCAAGUGAUGGGGAGAUCUAGCCUGGGGGUCCCUGGAUUACUACUGUUCAACCCUGGCUGGGAGGUGCCCAUCUGCCCUUGCACUGCCCUGUGCCUGCCCGCCUGGAUUACUGCCUGCUGCUGAGAUUGGGAUUUUAUUUGCUCAUUUAGCCCUGAGAUUAGCCAAUGUGCUGUGCCAACAUGUUAAGGAGGGUCCUGCUGAGCUUCUUCAUGGUGAUUCUUAUGGACCGGGGGACCUCGCAGCAAUACUCCAGCGACAUGUGCAAUUGGAAAGGAAGCGGCCUGACCCACGAGGGCCACACGAAAGACGUUGAGCAAGUCUACCUCCGCUGCUCUGAAGGUUCUGUUGAGUGGCUCUACCCAACAGGCGCCAUGAUUAUUAACCUGAGGCCUAACACUUUAACGUCCGCCUAUAAACAUCUAACAGUUUGCAUCAAACCCUUUAAAGACUCCAAGGGAGCUAAUAUUUAUUCAGAAAAAACUGGAGAACUCAAACUUGUGGUGCCGGAUGGAGAGAACAAUCCGCACAAAGUCUACUGCUUUGGCUUGGAUCAAAGGGGGCUCUAUAUCGAGGCCACCCCCCAGCAAGACAUUAGCCGCAAAAUCACUGGUUUCCAGUAUGAACUGAUCAGCCAGAGGACUCUCUCGGAUUUGCACACAGUUUCUGAUCCGUGCCGCCCCUGCAGUGAUACAGAAGUCCUGCUCGCCGUGUGCAUCAGUGAUUUCGUGGUGAAAGGGACAAUCGGCACCGUGACCAACGACGAGGAGUUGCAGGAAUCUCUUAUCGGGGUGACGGUGGAUAAACUGUACAGGCAGAAGAGUAAAAUCUUCCUUCCCAAAGAGAAUGGGGGCUGGGAGGGAACCAUACGGACUCCUCGGGAAUGCGGGGUUAAAGCCGGAUCGGGCAGCUUCCUGUUCACGGGGCGUAUGCACUUUGGGGAGCCCAGGCUGGGCUGCACGCCCCGGUAUAGUGACUUUACAAGGAUAUACCUGGAAGCGAAAAAGCAAGGGUUAAAUCCAUGUGAAAUCAGCACAGACUGAAGGCCGC